AUGAACAGAGAAGACCGCAUAGUACCCGUCAUCUUGCGAGCGGAAAUCACCAUUUCCUUGUUAGAACCAGCUGUCUUCGAACCAUUGACAACGUUCCGAAAGAAGGAUUCAGAAAUAGAGGAAGCUCAGAGGCGUGUUUUGACCUAUGCUUUUGGCCCAGGACCUCCACCACCAAAAGCCUACAGCGGUUCUACAGAUAUGCCGUUCUUCUUGUCAUGUUUACAUCCCGCUGCGCCGCUCCCUUCAGAUGAAGCCAAUCAAGCUGCUCAACCUGCCGAUCUCCUUCCGCAAUUGCUUCCAUUUCAACGACACACGGUUAACUGGCUUCUCUCGUGCGAAGCGCGGCGAAUUUCUGAAAAAGGCCAGAUUGAGGAUCUAGAUAACCAUGGGUCAGAAUUGCCAUUGUUCUGGGAGGAAGUUAGUCCCGUAGACGGAAAAACGUGGUAUUUAAACCACAUAACCGGUUGUUUGUUGAAAGAGCCACCACCUAAAGACGAAUUCUUUGGAGGCAUUCUUGCGGAAGAGCCUGGACUUGGGAAAACGCUCGAGAGCAUUGCUCUUGUAUUAUUGAAUCCCAGUAUUGAUCGCAACCCCUCGGUCAGUAGGUGGGAUCCCGUCGGCGUUAUUGACGUCAAGGAAACAACUUUAAUUGUGACGCCUGCUGCUCUUGCACAACAAUGGGUUGACGAACUCAAGUUACAUGCACCGUCGUUGAAAGUACUUGUGUAUGAGGGAUGGACGAAGGUUCCUGUACCAAUCACGGCACGUGAGGCACAGGACAAAGCAUUGCAGCGCUUACGGAUGUUGAGGGAGCCACGCAUGCGGGAGAAACUUGAUGACAACGACAUUCCGGAUGAGGAUGACGUGGUCGACCUGGAACUGACAGCUGAAGAGAAGAAAGAACUUGCCGAGGCUGCGAAUCAGAUGACAUGGUGUGAUUUUGUUCAUCAAUACGAUAUCUGUAUAACAAAUCUGGGCGUUGCACGAGCACCUUUACAACGACCACGUAGAGAAGUUGCUAAGUACGCCGACAUAUAUCGCGACCGUUCUCCCCUCGUUAUGGUAGAAUGGAAUAGGGUAAUCAUGGACGAGGUUCAGAUGGUAGGAGGAGGGAAGACAGAAGAGAUGGUGUCGCUUAUCCCUCGAUUGUCGAGCUUCGCAGUGUCUGGGACACCUGCACGUGCGAAAGUUGAUGACCUCGUUCAUGUUAUCAAGUUUUUGCGCAUAAAUUCCGUCAUAGGCUCGCCGAAAACCUGGUUGCGUUUACAGAAGCCCGCAUUCGCAGCAUAUUUCAGAGACCUGUUCGGACGGAUUGCCGUUAGGACGAUGAAAGCAAAGGUGCAGAAUGAACUUACAAUCCCUCAGCAGAGUCGAUUUGCUGUACCUAUCGAAUUGGGAAAAGUCGAGAGACAUAUCUAUGACGAGAACUUUGAGCAGGCAUUGAAUGAUCUCGGUCUCGACUCACGGGGCGUAGCUGCUUCGUCAUCCUGGCAGCUUGACGUUAUGAUUCUUCGUAAUUGGAUGCGCCGUCUGCGUGGUAUAUGUACUCAUCCACAAGUGGGUAAGCUUGCAAGGCAAAACGAUCGAUUAUCGAGGGCUGGCGCCGCGUUGAAGAGUAUAGGAGAAGUUCUCGAGGACAUGAAAGAUCAGAAUUGGCGGAAACUUAUGGAUGAAAAGAAGUCGAAAAUUCAAACCCUUGUCAGACGAUCACAGCUCAUCCAGCACAGUGAUAAUCCUCGGAGGUCCAGAAUAGCAUUAGAAAUACUUCUGAAUGCUCGUGAGGGAAUGGAUAAGUUGUGCACCGAAAUUUCGGAUGUCAUCACUGAGCAUAACGCUAAGGGGGAAAUACUAAAGCGGGAAGCGAUAGAGGAGCAGCGGUCAGCGGAAGAACGCGAUUCUGGUUCAACGUCUAAAGGCAAGAAUCCGGAGCGCGAAGCCAGUAUGGCGCCUACGGAUAAUUCGUUGGAGGAUGAUCUUCCGACGACACCUACGGGCGUGGAACAUCGACAUAAGAAACAUAGCCUUCAGGCGCGGCUCCGAGAGGCUCAUGUCCUUUUGCAUCAGAUUUACUUCCGGCUCGGUGACGUAUAUCAUUCUCUGGGCGAAUCACACAGUAACGAAGAGAAUCAUUCGUACGGAGCGGCUGAAGUGCUGCGCAAACGACUCUUGAAUACGACUGAGCAAGUUGCGAACCGUUCAAUUGCACAGGUCAAACUGACGGCCGAGAGAAAGACUAUCACUAAGGAAGAUAUGGCGGUUGAACAUUGCGGAAAAGGUGGAAUAAACAGCGAGGAGCUCCUUCGUAAAGCGGACAAAAUCAUCGAUAUAUUAAACCAGCAAGCAGAACUCCUCAUCGAUUGGCGGGUUCGAAUCUUCAAGCUUCUUACUGAGAGUUUAUCCGCUAGCGAGGGUGACAGCGCAGAUGGAGAAGAGUACGCGCGAACACUCGAGACACAGGGAGAAGCAGAAACAUACCUACAAGCGUUUGUAGCAUUGCUUGCUGACCGCCGAGAGCUACUCGUAGCAGAACGCACUGCUCUUGCUGCUCAUGAAUCGAAAGAGCGUAGGGUGCGACACACUGCUGCAGCACAGAGAGCUAAGAAUGUCGAGGGCCUCAAUCCUGAAGAGAUGGCACCUGAGCAUGAAGUGUUAGAACAAGAACUAACGGAGAAGCGUAAAGCAGCUAAAGCGGAUCACGACGGAAAGGCUCUCAAAUCCAUAUUCGUCCAGUUGCAACAAGUUGCGGGAAGUUAUGUCAACGAGAAGGAUCCAGAGAAAAUAAUUGCCAAGCAAUGGAUCACCAAUCUGAAAUUGAUCAUGAAAGAACAAAGUUUCUUCCAUGAGAAGCUAGACGCUGACCUAGCGCCACUUCGCAAAGCCUUUAACGAUCGCAUUCAAUAUUUCCGUCAGCUUCAAGAACUUUCUGACUCCGUUCGCGACGUCGAUUGGGAAGGAUCGAUAGACGAUGCAAUAGAGAAGACUCAUGUUGAUGAAGACACUACUGACAAGAAUAUUAACGAGCGUCGAGCACGACAACGGUAUUUACGAAACUUAACUGAAAACGAGGGGGACGAAGAAGAUGAAAAAUGUUGUAUCUUGUGCCGGUGUGAAUUCGUUCGGGGCUUCAUGACACAAUGCGCACACGUUUACUGCGAGGACUGUUUGAAGGCUUGGUUCUCUCGCGGUGUUGGAAGAGCUUGUCCAAUUUGCCGUGUCGCCAUUGAUCCAGAUCAGUUGCAACGAAUCACUUUGGAAGAGAAGAAAGUGGAUUCGUCAAGUCCAAAGAAGCGUUACGUACCCGACAGCUCCGAGAACGCUCCUCAUUCUAGACGUGUUAUCGAAUACAAUACGAUCGAUUCAGAUGUUUUUGAAGAACUGCGGAAGAUCGUGUGCCUCGGUAGCUACGGGACAAAGAUCGAGACCCUCGUUCGUCAUCUUCUCUAUCUCGAGGAGGUCGAUCCGGGGUGCAAGAGUAUCGUCUUCUCGGCCUGGGCUGACUCCCUUUAUAUCUUGGAGCGCGCAUUGACUGAGAAUGGAAUUGCGUGCCUUCGGAUCGACCAAAAGAAGGGAGGACAAAAUGCUGCGAAACUCUUCAAGACGGACCAUCGCAUCCGAGUCUUACUGCUUCAUGGUGAACGCGAGAAUGCCGGGUUGAAUGUGACAUGUGCUUCGCGAGUCUUUCUGACAGAGAGUGUCGUGCAACAUUCAUUCGAGCUGCAAGCGAUUGCUAGGAUAGACCGAUUGGGUCAAACGCGCCCCACUGAAGUAUAUUGUUAUUACGCAGAGAACACUGUUGAAAGGAAUAUCCUUGACUUGGCCGCGAAGCGUGGCUUGUCGUUGUAUACAAAGGAUCAUGCGAUCGGGACGGUUAAGGUGACGUCUUUCGAAAUGGAUAAAAACAGGCAAAUCGAUUCGCCUGUGAAGAAUAGCAAGAAGCAGAAGGGCCAGAAGGGUGACUUCAUAUUCAAGGCGGAUGACAUGCUGGCGAUUUUAUUCCCCCAUCUGUUCGAGGACGUCGAGUAUCUGCUUCCCGAAGGAACGGAGACAGACAUGUUGGGUGGUGAUUUUGGUGAUUUUGAUGACGGCAAUGAUGGCGAAGAUGCCAAUGCCAUCAGUGAACAAACGCAGCCUGUUGCUGGACCGUCUAGACUUGCAGAUCUGAUGAAUGGAAGGACUAGUGCGUAA